GCUGGUACAGUCAUUUCCCACCAAAUCGCUCUGAUCAGAUCCUGAAGAUCAGACAGAGAAUCAGUGCAGUUCCCCUUUAAGUCUCUCCCGGCGCUGCUUAAGUGCUGUUUGUCAGCGCUGAGCGCUUUUUUUCUCGGCUCUGGUGAAGUCGUUCCGUUAGCUGACGCUAGGAGCUGUUCGCGGUGCUGAACCCACGCGCCUGCGCUCGUCUCCAGCGCUGAGGAGCAAUCGGCUUACUGCGCGCGCUGCCUCGCGGAUGACUGCCGUCAGAUCGCGCGCGGCUUCGGGUUUCACGGCGACCUGCACCUGCUCUGCUCCCCUGGCGCGCGCGUAGGGGCUUCCCGCCAACGUCUCCCGUCUCCACGCUGAGCCGUCUGCGCUGCUGGAAGACCCUUCAGCUCGGGGGGACGUUCGCGCGCGGAUCGGAGCCUCGACUUCAGCAGUCAUGUGCAUCAGAGCCGGCGCGCGCUUCAGCGGACUGACUGUGCUCUUCCUUCUCGCUGCUGCAGGGAUGCGCGCGCGGGGCCACGGUGAUGGCACUGGCCUGAGCAAUAGAGGCAGAGAACCGGAACAAGAACACAAUCCUUUCACUUCAAAAUCAAAUGUUGAAGCCCAUGAGGUCACCACAUCCUUCACACCAAGCUUUCCUGACCACCGGCCCAACCUGAGAGGCCUACUGCUCCACGAAGCUCUUCUCACUAAGGACUUCCAGGGAGACCAGAGGUUCUUCAAAGAAGACGGUGGAUUGGAGGUUCAACCUACUGCCUCAGGGCCUUCAUCUUACCUAGAACCUGGAGAUCAAGCAACUCAUGUAGUUCCUCAUGAAGAUGCUCCGGCCUUCUCUGACAUCGCCACCACGGCCAUGACCACAGUCAGUCCCACCCUGCCUGGAAAGCUGGUCUCCAUGCCUCAAAAGAGGCCUAGCAAGGGCAGAGAAAGAACAGCAGAGAAGUUGGAGGUUACCUCUCAAGCUCUAACAACUCCAGUCUUGCCAACCACCACCCGGACAAACAUUCGGCAACAAACAUCUGUAGCUUCAUCAAAGGCACAUCUUUCAGAAAGGAAAGUGGCCUCCAAAGCUACUGCUUCGUCAUCAGCAACAGCUUUCACAAAGAAAGAACCUCUGAGGCCAGCAGGGAAGAGCCUUGAGGGUAAUCACACUGAUGCGGAUGAAGAAACGAUGACAAGCACCAUCCAUACCACAACUAUCAUCAGCACUAUGAGAGGUGAAGGUCAGUGCAGCAUGAACUUCACGGAUGCUGAGGGCUACAUUGAGAUGCCACCCAGGGCUGAUGAUUCGUCCACCUUGGAUUGCGCCUAUCUGGUUACAGUCUACCUUGGAUACGGGGUUGAAAUUCAGGUGCUGAACGUGACACUGGAGGAGGGGGAGGAGGUGGUUCUUGAGGAUCUGGGGGGUCUAGAGCCAUCCAUCCUGGCCAAUGAGUCGGUGCUGACUAGGGGGCUGGUGGUGCGCAGCUCCAGUAACCAGAUCUCCGUCCGCUUCAGCAGCGAGAAACGGCACACGGCGAGUUCCCUGCUGCUACGCUACAGAGCCUUUGUUUUGAGCUGUGCCUACCCUCAGAGCCCGGCUAAUGGUGAAGUAUCAGUCAGCAGCCUCCAUGCAGGAGGAGAGGCUUAUUUCUUCUGCCUGACUGGCUACCAGCUCCAGGGUCCCUCAUCCCUCACCUGCCGCAACGCCACCAUGCCUUACUGGAGCGGCAAAGAGCCCAAGUGCCUGGCUGUUUGCGGAGGGAUGGUGAAAAACGUCACACUGGGCCGCAUCGUCUCGCCCGGGUUUCCUGGCAACUACAGCAACAACCUGACCUGCCAUUGGGUGCUGGAGGCCCCUGAGGGCCACAGGCUGCACAUCCACUUUGAAAAAGUGGCCCUGGCUGAGGACGACGACAGGCUGCUGAUCAAGAACGGGAACAACAUCGACUCGCCCCCCAUAUACGACUCCUAUGAAGUGGAGUAUCUUCCCAACGAAGGUGUGGUGAGCACAGGCAGGCACUUGUUUGUGGAGUUCACCACUGAUGAGACGGGGACCUGCACUGGCGCCGCCAUUAGAUAUGAAGCCUUUGCUGAGGGGACGUGCUACAAGCCCUUUGUGAAGUAUGGGAACUUCUCCAGCAGUGACCUGUCGUAUGGAGUGGGCACGGUGGUGGAGUUCUCCUGUGAGCCAGGAUACACUCUGGAGCAGGGCUCCGUAACCAUAGAGUGUGUGGACCCGGACAACCCUCAGUGGAAUGAGACGGAGCCGGCCUGCCGAGCCGUGUGCAGUGGAGAGAUCACAGAUUCCGCUGGAGUGGUUCUGUCCCCAAACUGGCCCGAGGCCUACGACAAAGGGCAGGACUGCAUCUGGGGCAUCCACGUGGAGGAGGACAAGAGGAUCAUGCUGGACAUCCAAGUCCUUCAUCUUGGUAAGAAUGACAUAUUGACGUUUUAUGAUGGCGAUGACCUCACAGCCAACAUCCUGGGUCAGUACAGCGGCACUCUCCCCAAAUUCAAACUCUACACCUCCAUGGCUGAUGUGACCAUCCAGUUCCAGUCGGAUCCGGCCACAAACAUCUAUGGCUACAACAACGGCUUUGUGGUACAUUUCUUCGAGGUGGCCCGGAACGACACAUGCUCAGAGCUACCGGAGAUUCCUAACGGUUGGAAGAGCACAUCCCAUCCCGACUUGAUCCAUGGGACAGUGGUGACUUACCAAUGUUACCCAGGCUUCCAGGUGGUGGGCUCCGAGAUCCUCAUGUGCCAGUGGGACCUCACGUGGAGUGGAGAUGUGCCCAGUUGUGAGAAAGUGAUGACGUGUCAGGACCCUGGUCUGGUGGAGCAUGGCCGCAGGGUGCUGACGGGGUCCCGCUUCACCGUAGGCUCCAGCGUCCAGUACGUGUGCAACAAGGGAUACUCAUUGUCCGGCCCCGGAGUCCUCACCUGCUACAGCCGCGACACGGCCGACCCCAAGUGGAGCGAGAGGCUGCCGAAGUGUGUCCCUGAACGGUACGAGCCCUGCAGUAACCCUGGUGCUCCUUCCACUGCCAUUCAGAGCUCCGAGAAAGCCUUUUUCCAGGCCGGGGAAACGCUGACCUUCACCUGCCGACCUGGCUAUCAGCUCCAGGGGGAGGCCACCAUCCGUUGCCUCCCGGGACAUCCCUCUCAGUGGAGUGGGAUGCCCCCUGCAUGCAGGGCCACCGGGGGAGAUGUUAAUGAGCACAGAUUGGACGUGGUCAGCUCUGACCUCGGUGCAGAGGGCACCAAAACUGCCAUUGCAGUCAUGGUUCCUGUGGCGGCGGUGUUACUAGUCAUACUGGGCAUUUACCUCUACUUCUCAAAAGUCCAGGGGAAGACCCUUCAGCUGCCCAGCUCAUCUUUACCUCCUUACGACAACAUGACAGAGGAGUCUGCAUUCGACAACCCCAUCUACGAGACUGGAGUAAGUAUGGACGCCCUGAACCUCAGAGACGUGGACUCCCAGAACACCGUUGUCCUUUCCUGACCAUUUCUCACCUCCAGCUCCUCUUCCCUCGCCUGCCAUACCAUCACACGACCAGCAGAGGGCACUCCAUAUCACUUCCAUUCCUAUCCGAGGUCUCUCACUCUCGCUUCCAAUAAAUCCGGCAUUAAUUAAGAUGCUCCUGUCGCACUGAAGCCCUCCCCUGUGCAGUCAGAACUGAAGACUGAUUGGUUUGUGGAAGAUACAGCUGUCACUUUCUGAUGCUUCAGCAAGGCACCCAGUUCACUUGGUUUAGCAAGAAUGGUUUCCAAUGGGAUCUUGCAGUAUUCUUAGUUUGAAGGCCAGAGCUUGGACACAUUCCAGCCCAAAGUCCUUCUUCAGGUUUGAACUUCGAAGACAUCAACAACAGGGAGACGUUAUGAUGAAGAGAAGAGUUUAAAAGUGAAAUUAUGUUCUGAAUCAUCCUCAUUUUUACGUAAUUAGCUAAUCUACAACAGCUCGAUCCAGAUUUCAAGCAUAAUGCAGCUCAGUGACAAGAUAAACGAGUAAACAAAUCUAUUUUAAUUCACAUCUGAAUGUCUUCGUCAUGUAAGGGAGCACUGCUGAGUCUGUGAAGGGCACAUAGAGGACUCUGGGAAAAUGAGAAUUGGGGCAUCCUGUGGCCUUGUGGUCCUCACUGGCGGGCACACAUGAGAACCGCAAGGCCACAAGUGCGAAAGAGCUAUCGUCGAGUGAAUGUGGAUCCUAAUCCGUUUAUAUUUCAUCCAUAUCAGCAUCCUUCUGUGUUGUGUAUUCCUUCUGUGUAGAUGUCCUGAUCCUGUUGAAGCUUGAAGCAUUUAAAGGGUCCAUAUCAUAAAAAGUUGAUUUUUCCAUGUUUAAUUGAAAAGAACAAGUUUGAUAUAGUAUGUAAAAACUUGUUGAAGUUUCAAAGCAUCUUUGCUCAUAGAAAAAAAAAAACAGCUCGUUUUAAAGUCAUCGUUUUUGUGAUGUCACAAAAAACACACAUUUAUAGAUAUCAUCUAUUCGGCUUAAAGCCCCAUUUACAUCGAAGGUAUAAAUAAGUGUUUCAUUAUCUGUGAAAGAGGCACAAUCAAAACAGGCCAAUGAGAACAGAGCUCAUUUACAUAUAUCAGUCUUCAAAGCACAGUAAUAAAAAAAACCUGUUUAAUUUGAAUGGAAAAGGUUGGAAUUUGGUCCUGUAAAAGUGAAUUAUGGUUCAUAAAACCUCUCAAAUGUGGACUUGGUAAAAAAAUGAAAUGCAAGAAAAAUAUAGAAUGGGCCCUUUAGAAGAGGAUCAGUGGGAGGUGAAAUUAUUUUGUGUUUUAAUAUAUUUUCAUUAUAUUUCCAUCAGUCACUGUCUUUAACUUCUUACUCUCCAGGGUGAAUUUUGGUUUGUCCAUCUGAAUUUACAUCAUACAAUCAUAAGGCUAAUUAUUCAGUAACUGCAUGAAAUAAAUAGAAUUUUUUUAUUUUAUUAUUUGUUUUUGUGAAAGCUCCCCUCAGA